AUGGCGGAUCAACGAGUAUCAUGUGGUCGAGAUUUCUUCUGUGUUCCGGAUCUUGCUGGAGCGUUAAAGAAUGCUACGAACGGAGGGUAGGAACAAAAUAACAUCAAGUUAUAUUGGGGUUCAUCAAUUAGACAGUAAGACAAAUAAUUCAGCUUUUCGGACCAAUUAUGCUGUCUUUACACGAGGGAAAAAUUGUUGAGUUCAAUUGUGGUGCUUAUUUUUUUGCAUAUGAAGUUAAGUUUAAGUGAACAGAUCGAGUUCCUGUUUAGUUUUGAUUGACCUUGUAUUUGCCAUUUUAGGUUUGAUUUCAUCUGUGUUCCCAUCUGUCAUCCAAGAUACCGGAGAGAAUUUCUGGAGCCUGUACCGGAUCGGACUGGGGCGUUUACACGAUCGGAUCUGGUAUUGCCGAGUCAAGGUAUUAAAUAGGUCAUUUUGCAGGGUAUCUCAGCAUUUUUUAUUUAACUGAAGAGUCGGUAUGCACUCUUGUUUUGGGGUGAUUUUUUUUUGCCCAAUGUCUCAUUGCAUGGCUAUGGUCAAGUACACUGGGAAUUAAUCCCUUACUCAAUGUAGAUCGAGGGUUGCAUACUUUUAGGACCGUAACAGCAGCCUUUGCUGAAAGUCACGGCUAAAAUUAUUUCUUUCUGUCAUCUCAUGACCUUUACUUGUGAUUAUGUGUUGAUGAUGUGAGGCAAGAUUUGUUGUUGAUCAUACUCUAUAGGGGCUCAGAAGGUUUAAAACAAGUUCUUUUAUAGAUUCUGUGGGAAAAACAGCUUGCAUAUGAGUAGUGGUUAUAUUUGACAGAUUGGAACAGUCUAAUUGUUGGUAAAAUCUCACCUUGGCUAAACUUGGACUCACUGAAUGAGACUGUAAGGAAAAACUCAGAGAAAGUAAGUGACUUGUGGUUAAGUAUCUGUUAACUUUUCUAAUGCUGUUUCACUUAACUUGAUUUCUCUUUUCAUGAGUGCUUUUUUUUUAUAUCUCUACAAGUCCUAUUUUCUUAAACUCUUGUCCUAGCCUUAUAAUUUGACAAGAAAAUUGAGUCUAUCUUUGAAAUAAUAAUGUGUUUCUCUUUUUCAAUAGUUAAUUAAGUGCCCACUUUCCUUAUUAAUCAUAACAGUAACAGGAGAUGUCAUGCCCUUGCACCGUGGCCUUAAGCUCUGUUACCCCUAGUGAAGCUCAGUUGCCCUAAUAUAUAGCUGUCUCCCCCAAUCUAAAGUUGCUUUUCUCCCAUCUUUUGACUAAGUCUAAUUAAGGUUUUUAACAUAUUUUGACAUAAUUUCUAUAGCUUGGAGGUUUGAUGGCUCAAGUAGCAAAGCCUUCAAUCGAUAAUUACCAUGUUGCUACAACCUAGUAACCUGGCAAAAAUAUCUUUUGUGCAAAGAGUGGUUGGAGAACUUAGGACAACCCUGCAAGGGGUUGACUUCACUUACAACCAUCUUCAGCAUUUACCCAGGUCCGCCAUCUUUUUCUCACAUUACUGAGUUUUGACUUAACUCCCACAGGCUCUACAUCAGGAGUUGUGUUAUUGUGUUCACUUGAGUCUUCCAGCUGUUCUUGUUCAAUUGAAAAGCUACAACUGUGUUAACCUCGCCCAGCACAUCAACACAAGUAUAACUGACACACAUGUCCAACAGGUUGGUAGAACAUCCUGCCCAAUAAACAGAGAUGUUAUUCAUUUUUCAUUAGAAUGGAGCAAAGAAUAAAUCUGAGUCUUGAGAACUAGCCAGUGAUGAGUUGAAGCUGAUGUCUUACCUCUGAGCUGUAGAGACCUUUUUGAUGAGCCAGGCCAUAAGUGAAGUGUGAAUGACCUGGUGAAAGAUUUAAUCCUUGUCCAUUUAUUACCUAAAGUUUUACUGUAAUUGUUUCUCUGAUUUUGCUUCUGAUAGAUAAAUUACAUGAUAGUACUGUCAACUCCCAUUAUUGCAGACACCCUUUGGGGAGAUUAAGUGUCUCUAAUAGCAGAAUUCCAUGCUAGUGGAGUACAAGAGAAAAAAAUUGUUUCUAAACAUAUGAAAUAAUAUGUAGCUACGUUAACAUAAAGUUUCUAUCAUGGCCUUGUGAACCACAAAAAGAUCUAGCAGCAAGCAGGAAGUUCUCAUGUUCCUUAAUUGUAAUGUAGCUUUAUAUAAGUGAGUCGGGAUUUUGGACGAAGAGUUUGCCAUAAUGAAAGAAAAAAGAAGUGAGAUAGUCUGCAUUUCCAAAGUAGCAAGAGUCUGUAAUAACAGGAGUUUAUUUCAGUCAUUUCUUCAUGCAUUUUUCUAGGGGGUUGGCUCUUGUUUGUAAUAGCAGGGUGUCCAUUAUAGUUAGGUGUCUGCAGGGUGAGAGUUAACUAUACUGGUAUUUCCAUUUCAUCUAUAUGUAUAACAGGAGUGGACAUUUUUCACUUUUUUAGGUCUGGGUUCAUGUACCUAUGAAAAGUCCUGAGGAUGAUUGUGAUAAAAAUUUGUUUGCUGAGGAGGUAAAUGCACAUUUUAUUUUUUUUUCAAAGAGCUUUGCAUUGGCGAGUGGUGAGUGAGUUUGAUGCGCAAUCAUGAGGAUAGUGAUUUGAUUCCAGGUCAUAGUGGUGGUGGUUUCAGCUUCAGACUAGUUAGCCUCCUACCAGUUGGGGUUUUAAAUCUUGCCUCCUUAUUUCCUGAUUUAAAUUUAUUGUUUAUGGUUGUUCUAGUGGAGUACCUUUAAACUUGCCCUAUCCCUAAAAAUGCAGCAUCAUUCCACAUUUUUCUCAAGUCUAGUUGCAGAGAUUAAAAUUGUCUGUAACAGUCCUUGGGAGGGAAUAAAAAGGCCUAGAAAACAGUUUUAUGUUUAUCUUGUUCCCUCAUUUUCAGGAAGAAGUUUCAGGAAAUGAGUUGGAGAAAGAUCCUUGGGAAUGGUAUGAUUUCUAGUUUAAUUUUUGUUCUAUUCCUUUUUUUUACUGAAAAAAUUGAACUACAACAAACAAUCAUGUUCCUUUCUGUAAGUCUGCCUCUGUUAUAUGUCAUUUGCAUGCUUUUUUUCUUUUAAUUCUUGGGAUUUUAUUACUCUAGGUGGAAUUUGUUUAGAACCAUUUGUGGGAACAGCAAAAGAGUUGGCCUGGGUAAGUCCAUGGUGCUUACAUUUCUGAUUAGUUAUAAACCUGUAUUUUAACCCUUUGACUCCAUAUUUAAAAGUUAAUUAAACAAUACUUUAACCCUAGGUUUGACUUCUAGGAACUAAAUACAGAUUCUCAGAUAGUCUGCCAAAAAUUUCUUAAGAUUUACGAUUGGAGAAUUUGGUGACAAAUCUGGUUAACAAUAUCACCAUUAUCACCAGUAGUUGGUAUCUUUCUUUCUUUCUCCUCAUCUCUUCUACUGGUAGACAUAACAAUAUUUUAAAGAAAAAUUCAUUUUUUGGUCACUCCUGGAAGUGCAAGGGAAUUAACAAAAUUAAAACUACAUCCAUUCAAUGUUAUGUUAAACACAAAUUUCUUACUUUUGAAAUAGCAUUGGAGAUCUCUGCUGAAUUGCCUUCAGAGGAGGAAUUAGAAAGGUGGUGUGGGGAACCAGUCAAAGCAGCAAUCUUACCCACAAGUUUGUUUCUUACAAAUAAGAAGGGUAUGUGAUUCAAAACAGGUUCUUCAAUAGCUAGUUAGGUUCAUCUAUCAUUAACAUGGGACAAGGCAACUUUUGAAACCCUUGCCAAGAUGUUAAUCACAGGAUAUAAAUACAUAGCAUUUUUUUUUAUUUAAUCUGAUAACCCUUCUCUAACUGAUCACAGCAGAACCCAGAAUACUCAUCUACUAAUUGUGAGCUUUGGCCAGACUUGCCUUAAAGUUCUCCAGACCUAACUGACUGAGUAUUAGACUUAUACAAAAUCCAAAGGUCUGAGAUUCAAUUCCACAGGAAAGACUCCAGGUUUUUCUUUGCCUCAUGCAUGCGACAAAUGAACAGUGUCUUACUUCAUUCAACAACUGAGCUCAGAGUUUACCAUUUUUCAUCAUCACUGAAUAAUUUUCAUUCUUUCUUUUAUACCUUUGUGUUAACAUGUAUCAUUUUUGGAAAUUUUAGGUUACCCUGUGUUGCCUAGAGCCCACCAGGCAUUUGUUAGGAGAUUGUUUAGGGUAACUUUUUCAAUUUCAUAAUUUUAUUGUGCCCUUAAUAUUUUUAUAUUCUUUUUUCAAUUCAUUUAGCCCACUUACAGUGGAUGUGCAUAUCUUUUUACUUCAUAGCUAAAUACUCAACUGAUUUUGACUGGUGUAAACAAGCAUAAGGACAAGGUAAAAAACUUGUAGUCCAGCAAUGAAAACGUUAGGACCGACCAUCAGAUAAGUAAUGGCUCCACAUUGUGUGACAAAAAAUUGAACAUCUGUUAAUCUCUAAAUUAGCUACAAUGUAUUUGAUGAACAGUGUGUAUUGUGACUAUAUUUUAUGAUUUGUUUCAAAGUUUUUCACAGGCUAAUUUAGAAUGCAUUGCCUCUAAAUCCCUGUCUUGUGGAGGCUAAAGUGUUAAAUAGUUUAUUUUGUGGUGUGUGAAACAUUCUUUGCAGUGCUAGGCUAUGAGCAUUUCCUCCUUUUAAGGGAAAGUCUGUUGUACUAGUCUAGAAAAAAAUCAGCAAAAACAAAAAUUGAUAUUAGCACCUGUCUAUUUGCAUGAUUAACACCAAUUACAUAGUCAUUUAACCUAAAAUUAGUCAACAAAGGUUAGAUGAUGGAAUUCAAGGGAAGAUUUUUACAUGAUUUUAAAGCAAAAUGUGUCAUUUUCUAUGCAGUCCAGUUUGCCACAUUUCUACCUUCCAUUUGCUUUUUUUAAGUUAUGAUGAUAAUUUAAUACAUGUGCAUACUGUAUUAUAAUAUUUUUUUAGGGAUUAGGAUUUUAUUACCAGUACCUUGCCCACCUUUAUCAGGUCAGUGUUUGGUUGUAGUUAAAAUGUCAUACUGUAUUUGUGAAUGUUUGGGGUAAUUUUAGGGAUGGUUGGGAGGGGGAAUGUAUUGUAGCCCUUCAUUUUCAAGCAAAAAUAAAAACAUUUAUAUUUGUUACAGUCUGAUCAUUCGGUGGAGAAAGGGGUUGUUGUGUUUUUAGUAAUUGUGAUUGAUGUUUUGAUAAUCCAAGCAGAUGUCACCAUCAAGAUUGUGCUCAAUGCUUGUCUCUUACUGCCUUUCUUUCUCAAAUUAUAGAUUUUGGUUAAAAAUUCUGUGGUGUUUAAAGCUUUAACAGAUAGUGUUAAGCACCAGCUAUGGGCAAUACCUUCAUUUUUGUCCUUGUUUCUUGUUCAUCCUCCCAGAGAGGAAUAAGCAAAACUCUCUGGUUUAUCAAACUAUGAUCUAUUAAACACAUUUAAAGAUGAAACAAUCCCCUCUUUGUUAUGGAGCUCUAAUAUAUAGAUUUAGGUAAGCCUAAAAGUGGAGCUCACAUUUUUUUUUCCACAUGUCUCUUCCGCAAAACUAAAGCCCCUACUAUGGAUAAAGUGUGUGGUAAUAUUAGUGGAUUUUCAUUUGCAACUUCUCUGUGUCUGCAUAGAGGACUGAUUAUAAGAUAGUGCCUGUGAUACAGUUGGCUGCGCAUGCUAAAAGUAGCACCUUGAAUGGUUGUACGGUCAUACGGUUGUACAUCCAAAUUUUUUCAGCUUGAUGGGUUACCACUAUUGUUUAUAAUUAUGGGGCUAAACUCUGUGAGCUCCGCUAUUAUUUAUUGUCUGUAGGUUCACUGAGAAUUGUUGUAUCAUUCACAGACACAGCCAGAGUUGGACAACUUGAGUCAGUUUGCCAAGGGGUAUGAGGACUACCUUCAAUGUCCCCUACAGGUUGGUUACAUUUCUUGGACAGUUUUUUUGUGGAGGCAGGAUGGUCAAGCAGUCAGGAAACUGUUCUGUUAAUCUGCUGGGGUCCUGGGUUUAACCUUUCUGACCUGCUUUUCACUGGACAUGUUUUUGGUUGCCCUGGGUUCAACUCCUUGGCUGCUCUUUGUUUGUAGCCAGCUGGUUUGCCUCCUGCCACUGUUGGGUUCUUAAACACUGUGUUUAUGUUUAUUUACUAUGUUUAUUUCCAAAUUGAGUUGAUUAUUUCUAAAUUUGUUCAUGCAUCAAGACUUGUUAAAUGCAUCAUAAAAACUGUUUGUUAUUAUUGUUAUUAUCAUUAUUACUAUUACUAGCAUUAUUAUUAUUAUUAUUAUUAUUAUUAUUAUUAUUAUUAACGAUCCUCACUCUCUUAAAUCUUUGUGUGUCCGUACAUGUGUGUUUGUUUUGGCAGUGCAUGUGUUUGUAGCAUCGACCAUUGACUUCAUUUUCUUUACAAGGAAAUCAAACAUUUUCUGUGCCCCUCAUGUUUAAACUGUUUCUUUUUCUUCACCAUCUGAUCUCAAAACUAGGCUUGAUUUUUACUCUUUGUUGUUAUUUAAUUUUUGGUAGCAUGCCUGAAAUGGUGCCAGGGUGCUUAAGCUGCCUUAAGAUUGAUUUAUGUAUUUUGUAAUGAUGAAUAUAUGAUUAUGAUUACGAUUUUUUCCAGCCGUUGAUGGACAAUCUUGAGUCUCAAACCUAUGAAAUAUUUGAACGAGAUCCCAUUAAAUACAGACAGUACCAAAAGGUAAGGUUUUCGUGAUUAUUUAUUGUAUUUGCUUUUAUUUAUUUAUAAAGAAAGGCAAUAUAUCUUGGUAGUGGCGACGAAAUAAAACUACAACAGUAGCCUGUUUGACUGGUGGUUGGUGAGCAUUUUAGCCGGCGAAGCCUUGAAUACGAACAGAGGAGCUUCAAGUGAUAUCCUCAAUUUUUCGUUCAGACUCCAUCGCACCUGUGCCGCCCAUUUUCGCGGCUCUGCCGCUGUAAGCGUCGAAGCACACACUGAAUAAACCGUCAGCUGUGCAGGCCUCUACAGCAUUUGUUUUACUUCCUUGUCUUUCUUUGCUUUUUUUUUUGGGAUGUUUGGUUUAAGUGGUAAAGAUUCAUCUAUCCUGUCCAUGUAUACUUUUUUUUUUGUUUUUUUUUUCUAGGCGGUGCACCAGGCGUUACUGGAUAGAGUUCCAGAAGACAAGAAAGAUUCUGAUGUAACGUGAGUAUCGUACUCGUCAGUCACUGCCUGUUUUCCUGCGAAAUCUAGUGUGUGCCAAGAAUCAUUCUGAAUUAUUUUUCGACGAACUAUGGUGCUGCGUCGAAGAAGGGUAUAGCAAGAUAAUCUGGUUUUAUCAAUUGAGUUGAUGAUGUAACUGAACACCGUAAAGGAUUUCUUUAAGCUGACGUUUCGAGCGUUAAUCCUUCGUCAGAGCAAAAGAUGAAAGGCUAACGCACCAAACGUCAGCUUUAGAAACUCUUGAUAGUGGCUAAUUUACAUCAUCAACUGAGUUGAUGACACCGAGUUAGCUUGUUUUAUCACUCGCAACUUGGUCAUUCGCUUUUUCUUCGGGUUGACACGAAAUACAUGAAGUUCUCAUCGUUUUGUUGUGUUAUUAACCCUGUUCUGUUUGGCUGUUGUAUUUACAGUAGUUGUUUUUUUGAACAGGCAGUCGAGAAUUGCUUUUCAUGUUGUCUACUCGGUGUAAAAUCACUUUUGUGACAAUAAUAUUCCUGCUGCUGUUGUUGCUUAUGAAGAAAGAAAACUAGUCUUGGGUUCUGUUCUCACCCCGGUAUAAGAUGAAUUAAAGAUAUUCGAAUUAAAUGAAAAGGAAAGUUCAGAAAAUUCUGUUUCCUCUUCAGAGUGAUAAUGGUGGUGGGUGCAGGGCGUGGUCCCUUAGUGAGAGCGUCACUGACAGCAGCUGAGGAAUCAGGACGGAAAGUCAGAAUAUAUGCAGUGGAGAAGAACCCAAACGCUGUUGUCACGUACGUACUGCAAUACUGUACAUAUUUUUUGCCCUUGAACUGACAGUACUUUUGUAAUCGUCACCUAAACCUUAAUAAUUCCUUCCAGAUUGGAGACAUUGAAAGAAGAGGAAUGGAAUGGUGACGUCACUGUAGUCUCAUCGGACAUGCGCGAAUGGGAUUCUCCCGAACAGGUUUGAAAAUUGCGCGCCAUUUUAGUAAGUAGGUUGUAAAGUUUUUCUAAUAAAAGAAUUGCGGCAGAAUAAAUAGCCAUCAAGAAAGUGUGUUUUGAGAGAUAAGAGCUGCCUUUGGCGCGCUUAGAACCCCAUUAGCUACCAGCUACUAACUUCCGGCAUUUAGUAAAAUGUUACAAACUUCCUCGUAACCUUUGUAAAGUGAAAAAGUUAAGCUAGAGGUCAAUUGUGUGAAUUUUGCCUCUAAUGGACGAAAAGAAUUACAAAUUUGGACCGAGGAAGAAAACACUAUCAUUGUCCACUACUCCAUUCAUAAACAAAGGUCUUGUUAAACCUAUACUUGUUUAUUUAUUUAUUUAUUUAUUUAUCUAUCUAUUUUUUUUUCCGUAGGCCGAUAUACUUGUGAGCGAGUUGCUGGGAUCUUUUGGUGACAAUGAGCUUUCUCCAGAGUGUUUAGAUGGAGCACAGAGGUUCCUGAAAGGUCAGCUGGUAUAGAGCUACAUCGUAAAUGGAUUAAACUUUUUCGUUUCUGUUGUUUUCGUGGAGAAGGAACAAACACAACGCAAGAUGGCAGGCCGUACCUAAAGUGCACUCAAGCACAUUUUCAAACAAGUAACCGCUGGUACAACAAUAAACAAUCACUUAAGUCACCAAAACUUCCACAUUUUGGAAACGUUUCUUAUCUGCCCAGGGAUUAAAUACGAGCCAACUCUUACGCUCUGGCCUGAUUUUCACUUUAGUAGAUCAACUCCGAUAUUCCGCGCCAGCACACGCAUACGUGAUGCCGACCAUAACAGUUCGAGCUGACACAACCUUUGAGAAUGCUUACAUUUUGUGGAUAAAAAUCUUAGGCAUUUAGCAGGUAUACCGUUAGCAUGAUUUGACCUCAUUCUUUCUGUUUCCAGAUGAUGGGAUCAGUAUUCCCUGUGAAUACACGUCUUUUCUUGCGCCAAUAUCUGCUCCCAAAUUACAUUACGAUGUGUCACAGGGAAACGACACAACCAAGGGACCCCUGGUUAGUAAACAAUCAGUAUUUUAGUCUGUUCGUUCAUAUGUAUCAGUAAUGAUUAGUAAUUAUUUUUGAAAGUAAGUACAACUUGAAAAUCUUCACUGCUCCUUGCAGGUUUAUAGUUACCCUUGUUUCUCCUUAGAUUAUCAUUCUGAGUCACACAUUGAGGUCACGAGAAUAAGGGAAUGAUCAUCAACUAAAGAAGUUAUAGACUGAAAACAAAUUCUCCUUGUCAGCACCAUAGGAAAUGUAUAGAAAAUAGUAUGGAGAAUAUGUAUACUGAUGUUAGGGUGUACAGGGUUGAUAUAUCAUGGAAUUAGACUACUGACUAUUCUCCAAUGAUUUCGGUUGAGUAUCAAACACCUACUUGAUCCUUUGGUGUACGGAUUUUGUAGUGUCGGCUGUGAGAUGUUUGUAUGUAUUCUAAUCAUAGUGUUUUCGAAUCCGUUCACGUUUUGAUUCACAUCACAGGUCAAAUCAGCGGAAGGAUUUCCCUUUUUCAAUUUUAUCGCAAACUUAUUGUGCUUGCCACAAGAGGAUUCGUGUUGCUGAUGUCCUCUAGUAACAUCUGGAAAAUAUUUGUGUUAUAAUUUGCACUUGUUUUACGUAUCUUUAUACCCCUCUCCCCCAUUUAAAAGCUAGAUAUAUUCGCCACGACCGCUUACUAAAGUUUCGCGGUCUUUUUUGCCACAGGCCCCGUUUGAGACUCCGUACGUUGUAAGACUUCAUAAUAUCACCGCUAUGUCACCACCGCAGCAGUGCUUUGUUUUCGCACAUCCAAACAGAGGUGAGUGAACGAAAUUCAAAGCUAGUUAAUACACGAUCAGUUUGCAGACUUUUGGUGAACUGGUAAGAAUUUUGUCUUUUCGAUUUCAGCGAGCAGAAUCGACAAUUCUCGAGUGAAAUCACUCGAAUUUGAUGUGAAGACGAGUUUUACAAUGCACGGCUUCGCUGGAUACUUUGAAACAGUACUCUAUGGGGACAUUAUGUUAAGUAAGUCCAGUGUGAACAAUAACGUUUACCUUAAUAUGGCUUUAAAAAGAGAUUUUUGUGCAUGAAGUUACCUUUUGCUCGGUGCGAGCUCUAUCAUUUGUAUGCAACACGCGCAGCCGUUCUCGCCAAUCAGAGCAAGCCUUUGCUUUCUCUUAACCCAACUGUCAGCUGUCCUUGCCAGUGGCUGCCGUUUGUUUACCUUUUCGGUUAAAAAGAUAAAGUUUUCACUGCAAUAUGUGUUGUUUCACCUCGCUCAUUUUUACCGUCACCUCUCUAUAUGCUUUCUCUGUUCUAGGUAUCAAACCAGACACUCAUUCGGAAGGCAUGUUCAGCUGGUUUCCAUUUUUCUUUCCCAUAAAGGUAAGGGAACUUUGAUUAUCUUGAACUAGCCACGGGUAACGCCUAAGUUUCUGACACCAAUUUGUUUCUGGUUGUUUUGAAGGAACCGCAGUAUGUUACUGCGGGCUCAACAGUAGCCUGCCACUUCUGGAGAAAAUGCACACCGAAAAAGGUCUGGUACGAGUGGUGUAUAUCACGUCCUGCCCCAGUUCCCCUUCAUAAUCCCGGAGGAAGGUCUUACGUCAUUGGACUCUAAACCGUUGAAAAUAGUUGUGUGUUUUCUGUUUGUACCUUUCCUGUCAAUAAAAGACCUGAGAGUCGAUAUUUCUUUUUUAAAUGAUGAGUGUUAGGGCCUACUAUGUAAUUUUUUUUUAUUUUACACAUUUGAAGUCGAUAACUGUCAAAUUGUUUCAGAAGAAUGGUAUGUACAAUUGAGCAGAGAAGGUAUUUAUAAUUAUAUUUUGAUGUCGCAGUAUCAUCGAUAUUAAGUAGAACCCUUUGCAGCAAAACGUUUCUGUUUGAAUCGUUAUUGCUGCAAUAAAACCCGCUACCGUAUCAUAAACUGAAUAUCUGAAGUAAUGAAAUGCUUGUUUCAGUUUUUGUCUUUUGGUUUACGCUUCUUUUGGCCACUAUUUUUUCUUAUCGUUUAAGAGAACGCUCUUAGUGACCGGAAUUGUUCGCAAGGCUUGCAAUUGUUUUUCCUUCUUAAGGUGGAAAGUAACUCAAUUUUAAUUUCGUGAGACCAGUAUCUCGUCGUCAUCACGAUAUUUCCAAUUUCUCUGAUAACCGAAGUUUUGAUUAAAAGGAAAUGUUAUUUUUAAAGCUGCUUUUAUCGUCUUUGACGCUUUUAAUAUUGCCUAAUGGUACUUAGAACACGAACAUUUCCAUCAAAGAAUUGUUUUGUUUUUAUUUCAAGUCGUUUUUCCGUUCUUUUUUAUCAGAAAAACCUUGACCUUGUAAACUAAAUCAUUUUGUUUUCUUGGAGGAAUCGGCUCGGAAAUGACUGAAACUUUUAGGUUGUUAUGUCCGAUUGCAUCAGAGCAUGACUUGACGACACUGGAACUAAUAUCAGUAAAUUUCUAGAUAAGAAAAAAACAUCAAUUGAGUUCAAUGUAAACAUUUCCAAUGCAUCACGUACGGCGUUCCUCACUCUGGUGAAACACUUGUAGAAGUCACGUUUUAGAUCUCACGCGCACUUUAGCACUUUCAACACAGAGUUUGUAUUAAAUGCGCAAGUUGUUUUAAUGUUGACAUGUUAAUGAAACUUGCGGGUGGUUCGCGCUAAAAGGACAGAAAUGGUAAUUUAUUUGGGAAAUCGUUAGAUUCGAAUUACAGUUUGAUGCGUGUGAAAUUAGAAGUCACGAAAGGUGUCUGAAGACAGGAAAAGGAGAUCAACAAUUUUUCCUUUAAAUUAUUCUCUUUCCGCAAUCAAGCGAGUUUCUGAUUUUUUGUCAGGGCGUCCCAUGCGUAACGUUCAUUUCCUGUGAUUAUCGUGUGAAGGUCCUCGAUACUUCACUCAAUACUUUUAAUUGUACUGGGUGCUUUUAUGUGGGAAAACAAAGAUGGUGUACUUAUACAAUUUGACCAGCAUGUUGCCAAAAGCUUAUGGUUCUUUUACAGCGUUAGCGUGAUUGAACUUUUGAAAUGUUUCGGUGUUAUAUUGGCGAAAUAAAAUUAAGCUGGACCCGUAAGUAAAGCACACAAAAUACCUCGUUUAAAAAACUGCAUCCCAAAAUAGAGGUCGCCAUGAGAGAGGGAGUUUGUUGAUAUGUGUUUGAUAGUCCCAGAAAAUCUUAGUUAGUGUUUCUAUUGUAAUGAGUGAAUGCUUUGUUAAGGUGUCCAUUGUGAAAUGGCAGUUAUGAAAAUCAUGAUUGAGAAAAUUUUAAGAAGCUAGGUCAUUUGUUUGUGAAGCUGGCAAAGAACAUUGCAUUCAAAGUUGUUAAUGACACACCUUGGUACUGAGCGUUUUCAUUUGAAGCUUCCUCAGUAUAGCUACAUUUCUAUUCUCCAGAACAACUAUUUAAAUGUAACUUUCGCGUGAUAAAAACUGAAAGUCUAUCAACUAUUUGUCAUCUGUUGUAGAAGUUUAAAAAAUGCGUCUUGUCGAAAAGUUGUUCAUAAUGAACUACUAUCUACUUAGUGGCUUGUCCGUGUUCCGUCGCUUCAUCAAAUGCAAGGUCACUCAUUUAUUUAGCAUAAUUUUUGUCAAAAACAAUUAAAUAUUUAUUCAUUCUGUUGACUUCGUGCACUUCGAUUUUAUUUGUUUUAUACUUCAGCGAAACGGGAAUUGUAAAUAUUUCUUUGCAUGUUCUCUAGAGUUUGUG